AUGGGCAUUCAAGACACACUGAUAUGGCACCACAGCAAGGAUGGAAAAUUCUCAGUGAAAAGUGCUUACCAGAUAAUUCAAAGGAAGAGAAAAGAGAUUCUGGGGAAGGAGGAAUGUAGCUCAAGCAGUCAAAGCUCUCAGCAAAUGUGGAAAAAGACCUGGAAGUUGCCCAUUAAACCAAAGGUGAAAAACUUUCUAUGGAGAUGCUUACAGAAUUGUCUUGGAACUCUAAACAAUCUGGAAAAGAGAGGUAUGACUGUUGAUGGGAUAUGUGGAUGGUGUGGUGAAUGCAAAGAAGACUUGGAACACAUUAUGUUCACAUGUACCAGAGCUAGAAGGGCUUGGAAAGUAGCUGGGCUAGAUUGGGACAGAUUAAAAGAGGAGAAAGUGGACUUCAGAGAGUGGUGGAAGGAGAUCUGCAGGAUUAAAGGGGCAAGCAAUGGUAGAGACAGGAUUUCACUAUCAUCAUACAUCAUGUGGUGGUUGUGGAAAACAAGGAAUGGCUGGCUUUUUGAAAAAGAAAGGAUAUCUGAGAAGCAGAUGGUGGACAAAGCAAUCAUGGAAUGGCAAGAAUAUGAAGACAUUUGCAAAAAUCAAACCUCCAAAUCACAGAAACUCCAAGGAGUAGGGGAUGCAGGUUCUGCACUCAGUGCUAAUGGAGGUUCUGGGAUGAGGAUUGUGAUCAAAGGGAGAGCAUGGGGAAACAAUGAAGUAAUGCAUCAGUGGGAUGCUUCUAGGGACACAGGCACACAGGAUCAUAUAAUUGGUCCAGUGGAAAGACAACUUCUUAAUCUGAGGAAAUGGCUGCUGGGUGGUAAAGAAGAAGGGUGGCACAAAGUAGAAAUCUUCAUUGUUGACCCUAAGAUGAGAAAACAGGUUAUGCAAAUGACAGGGCUGGAGUUGAGCAUGGCCAUAUUAGUGGAAGAUAUUCAUGUCUUGUUAACUAGUUUUGCUAAUUGGGGCUUUGUUCAUAGCUGGUAG